AUGGCUGCCAUCGCGGAGCUGUCGGACCUGGAAGCCUACACACUUGAGCUGGAGAAGCCUGGCAUAGCUGUUAUCGAUUUUUAUUCCACCCAGUGUCCACCUUGCAAGGUGAUUGCGCCCUUUUAUGAGAAGAUUGCUGCGAAGCCGGAAAACGCCAAUAUCCGGUUUUUCAAGAUCAAUGGGCUAGAAGAGUCUGGAGCAGCCGCGCAAAAAGCGGCCGAUGUUGUAUGGUGGCCAACGCUUGUUGUUUAUGAAAAUGGCAAGGAAACCUGGCGUGCGCGAGUGCCUAAUCCACCGUCCUUGGAGCCUGUGAAUGAGUUGGAUAAAUAUCUAGAAUCAAAGAGGUAG